AUGGCAUGGAAUGCUGUUGCCGUAGACCUAGAAGCAACGAACACGCUACCCUUCAAUUCACGGGUUCAAAAGGAGAAACCAGGGCCCGAUUCCUUCUCGAAUUCGGCCAUUGCAUCAUUGAGUUCCACAAAAAUCAUGCGUGCCAACUGUUCAUGUUCCGUAUUCAUCCACUAUGGGGAGCAUUCGGGAAGUAGGAAGAAUGGAGGACAAUUGGUUAAAUGA